GCUCUGUUGCAGGAUAUUCACAAUGACAGCGCCAUGGAGUUUCUUCUACUCUUUCUGUCUCCUGCCUCUCCUCCUGGCUCUGAAGAUCCACACUGCACAUUCGGCUCCUGAUUUCUCUCUGUACCUUCACACUAUUCUGAAAAACCACACUGCUCAUGCUUGUGAAGGAGAAAUGCUCAUCAUCGAGUGUCCCUCCAGGACGUCUGUGGCCGUCCUAUCAGCGUUCUAUGGACGCCGUGUUCCCAGUCAGCAUUUAUGUCCCUCUCCAAGCACAAACACAACUGUGGAGGAGAACACAGAGUGCACUUCCUCAGUUGCUAUUGAGAAAGUGCUGUCAGAGUGUCAGGAUCGGCAGUCAUGCCACAUCCCCGUCUUGAGUCCAGUGUUUGGGCAGGAUCCCUGUCCCCUGACCACCAAGUACCUCCUAGUCUCCUACAAGUGCAGACCAGAGCACCAUCGCACUCGACUGGUCUGCGAAAAUGAGCGUUUGAGGCUGAUGUGUAAAAACGAGACUGUCCUCGCAAUCUACUCGGCCUCAUUUGGACACCUGCUGCACGGCAGUCCUCACUGUCCUCAGGAACCUGGAUCAAAGAUCGAAAUGGAGUGUUUGUCCCCUGUGGCCCUGAGAAAGGUGUCACGGAGAUGUCACGGCAGAGCGAACUGUUCACUAAUAGCUGAUACUCAAAUCUUUGGGGACCCUUGCUUCCCCGGCACCAGGAAACACCUGCGAGUGUCCUUCACUUGCGUCCCCAGAUAUCUCCUGGAAGAUGUAGGUCGAGGCUCAACAGAUCCUUUCAUGAUCUCAGAUUACACACACGGUCUCCCAGAGCGAGUUGCUCUGUACUUUGUCUCUGGUAUCUGUGCUGGUCUGGUGUUUCUGCUCUGCCUGUUUGGUGUUCGCUCCACACUUGUGAGAGAUGUUAAAGAUCUGGUUUCUGACCUGAACGAUGAGCUGAAAGCAUCUCGCAGACAACGCAAGGAGCUCAUGGAGGACCUCUGCGACGAUGAUGUCUCAGACACAUCAUCCUUCCGCCGCCUCACACAAUCCUACCGCACAAAUGACAUCUUCAGUCCAUCCACUAUAACAGUAGAGAUGGUCCAGUGGGAGGAGGAACAGACUAGGGAUCUGCCCAAUGGAGAUAUUUGGCCACACAGAGACUCCAGUCCUUAUGCUAUUCACAAGAUAAAAACCUACAAUAAUUGAAAGCCUCCUGCAUUACAAUGUUAAUUGCUAACUGAAAUCAUACUGAGGUAGUUCUUUUACUGUAAAGGGGUCUUUUAUUCUUGUACUCUUCUAUAGGAGCUUUGUAUGCUUCAUGGUUCAAAAUGAUUCUUAUUUAUCUUAAUCUGGGCCCUCAGUUCAUCCACCGUCUGAAACAAGCAACAUGAGCUCCUCUUCCUCUAACUUUCUUCUGAUUGGCUGUCCCUCUCAAACAGAAGGCUUAAGCAUCAGUUGGGUGGUGCUUUAGUGCCUGAAAUGACCAUAUUAGGGAAGUCCAAUCCAAUCCAAUCCAACUUUAUUUAUAGAGCGCUUUAAAAGACAACAAAGUUGAACAAAGCACUUUCCAGAUAAAAGACAGCAAUACAAUACAGCACAAAAAAAACCACAUAA